AUGGGUCAGCUCGAGCCUCACGAAGUUAAUCCCGAUGAAUCUCAAAACAUGAAUGGUGGUUUUCAUGACGCGGUUCAAUUCCCACCAAUAAAUGAUAAUCAAGAAUCUCCAAUAUUAAUGAGACAUCAGACUCCUGACAUUAAUAUUAAUGUGAAUGCGAUUCGGAAUGGAAUUCCCACGGAGAAUUGGAAGGCUGAAUUGUUCGAUUGCAUGAAUGAUCCAACUCUAGCUGUUGUGACAUGUUGCUUCCCUUGCAUAACAUUUGGAGAAAUUGCAGAGAUCUUGGAUAAUGGCCAAACUCCUUGUGCUACGAGUGGAAUAUUGCAUGCACUUAUGUCGGGUUUCAUAGGAUUAUCUUGCAUAUAUUCAUCUACAUAUCGAAAGAAACUAAGGAAUAAGUAUGGAUUAGUGGAAGUCCCUGCACCUGAUUGGAUCACACAUCUCUUCUUUGAACCUUGUGCUCUUUCCCAAGCUUAUAGGGAGCUUCAACUUAGGGGAAUUGAUCCUUCUAUAGGAUGGAUAGGGAAUGUGGCCAGGAUGCAGCUGAAACUGCAGCAGCAGAAGGCUGGCAUGAACCCACCACAACAUCAGGCUAUGAAUAUUGGUUGA